AUGACAGGUUUGCCUUUGUACUCUUUUGUAUCCAUUCCUGGCAUCCAGCCUUCCCCCGUCGAUUAUGGCGAGUCCAGUUCCAAGGGCUCUUCAAAGAAGUUGUCUGGUGGACUCGGUGUCGCUACCACAGCAGCAUUGCUGAACCCUGUGGAGGUUCUCAAGGUCCGCAUGCAGACCAACAAGCCGCCUGUGAGCCUGACGACUAUCAUGAAGACUACUGUGAGAAGUGAUGGCUUGUGCGGAAUCUGGACAACUGGACUCCGAUACGUCGCAGUCGCCGAGUUCGUCAAUGGUUGUUUACGCAUAGGCCUCUACCCAUCCAUCAAAGCCUUCUAUGCCGAUGUCUCCGGUCUCAACUCGGCAUCUUUUCCGAUCAUCUUGUCUGCUUCUCUCACCAGUGGCCUUAUCGGUGCCUGCUGUACCACGCCUCUUGACCGAUUGAAGAUCCGUUCCCAAUACGAAGGGGGGUUGAAGGGUCCGGACGGACGCUAUGUGACUGGUCGGUGUAUUGGCAGUAAACCCUCGUUUCAUUCUGUUCUUGAUGGCCUAUCUAAGAACUAUGCCAGUGGCGUUCUUUUUAAAGGUGUCGUCGCUACUUGUACUCGUGCCAGUUUGGUGACCAGUGCCCAAAUCACAACUUAUGAAGUGGCAAAACGUGCCUUGAAGGGCCAUGGGUUUGAGGAGGGGCCUCGACUUUCAGCCAUGUGUGGUGUUUUAGCUGGGUUAGUAGCCUCUACAGUAGCUGCCCCAGUUGAUGUAAUUCGAACGAGACUCAUGAGCACUGGGGAAUACAACAGUGGUAUUGAGGGAGCUAUAAGAAUCCUCAGACAAGAGGGACUCCCAGGACUGUGGAGGGGAUGGACGGCUGCCUACAUGCGUCUAGGCCCCUUCCUGUUCUUGAAGCUUCUGGCAUCUCACGGCACGUCCGUUGUCGAGCAAGCGAGUGGUAUCGAUUGGGUGGGGUUUGCGUCCGAUGAAAACAGCGGGUCCACUGACACUCUACCCCAAUCAGUUGGGCAUGACGAGAUAUCCAAGGUCACAGCUGGUCUCUAUCCUUUGAUCGUCGCUGCUCAGGCCGAGGACCCCCACACUCAGAUAUGCCUAAGCUUACUCGAUUCCAACAAAAAGUCUACUACUACUCUACCAGAGCAACUACAACGACGUCUCCAAAGCUACUCACAUGAUGAGAGAGCUAAAAUUCGAGCAACAUUUGUGGUGGUAGUUGAGGGAGGACAGAAGGUCUUACGGUUGGGAGUCGGUCGAGCAGUCAACGAGAACGACCCUUCGGGGUCACCUAUCUUCGUUCCGGAGACAGUGAGAGAUGCGGUCAUUAGCCACCUCCACAGCUACUUCUGUCAUCAACCACCCAAGUACUUGGUAGCUUAUGCCGAGAAGCACUACUACUACAAAGGUAUAGGAAAGGCCAUUCGCGCAUACUCGCGCAGCUGCCCUGGUUGCCAGCGCAGCAGGGGUGCCAAGGUGUGGCCAGAUACACGUCCAAAAGUCAUCCCCAAGGAUUUUGAUGUCAACUGCGUGUUAGCAUUGGAUUGGAUAGGUCCGGCAAGUGAGCCCUAUGGUCCGGUAGCAACGGUGCCCUAUGUCGGUGGACAAGAUCUGCUACAGACGCCCAAGAGUGAGAGCGAGGUUCCCAAAUAUGCUCUGCAUAUAUACGACCUGGUAUCUCGCUACAGUGCCUUCUAUCUAGCACGGGACAAGUCAGCCAACUCUGCCAGACUACUCACCGAGUACCAUUUCCACAAGCACGGUUAUCCACAAUAUAUUGUGGUCGAUCAAGAUAGGAGUUUCACAGGCAAGAUGUAUGUUGGAUGGGCGGCAUCUCUAGGCAUAUCAGUGGUAGCUCAAGCUCCAUAUGCAGCAUUCCGCCGCAGCUAUCUUGAGCGCCAACAUCUGGAGUUCUGGGCUCUCAUCAGAGCCAUCCGUGAGGAUGAGCAGGCUCGAGGCGUCACUCUUUCCCCGUGGUAUGCUCUUGUUCCCCAGGUGGCCUCAACACUGAACUCUACACCAGUAGCGGGCGACAUCACCCCCAACGACUUGAUUUUCGCGGCAGCACCCAAGCCACCACCAUCGAUCUCUCCAAGACCGCCCAAUCCUCCCAAUCUCGACGCCUUCAUCAAUAGGCAUGGAAAUGCGUUGGAUUACGAUGAUGCCAAGUACAAAAGCUACGUCGAGGCUAAGCGUAGGAGUUUCCAGGAUAUGCUCAAAGCCUUUCAUGAGCAUACAUUGAGUCGCUUGCGGAAGACAGCCAUCAAGAUGGCUGAGAAGAGUAGACGUCGCCGAGCUCCAAACUUAGCUCCCUACAAGAAGGGUGACUUACUCUGGGUUGCGGCCAACAGUAUUAAUAAGCUCAAGCCCCGAUGGACUGGUCCUUUCAAGUGUAUGGGAGGUGAAGAAGUGACUGGCUCGGCACAAUUGGUAGAGAUAUCUUCUUUGAGUGACCAACCCCGAGGACAAGUGCAUAUUUCUAAUGUCAAGUUGGCAGUUCUCAGUGACGAGCAGUUAGACGUCUAUUGUGGACGAGAUAAGAGCCAGCCGACGACUACCUCUGCCGUCUUCCCAGUUUCGGGAGACAUACCGACUGUCAAGUCAGAGCAGUUUCCUGCAAUGCGACACUUCAUGAUCGAGGGUGGCGACAAGGAAGGGCAGCUCUUGGUUGCAAGGUCGGUCGUCCCCAUCAAGGAUUCUACUGGUCUAUGGCUACAGUGCGAUCAAUGUGACGUGUGGACAGAAGUUACGGCAGUGCUCCAUGAAGCCUAUAAGGGUGAUGCUCCAUUCAGUUGUAGUGUUCUCGGUGUUCCAUGUGUGUUUCAGGACAUGUGA